CCUUCUCAUUUUUCCUAUACCUCGUUCACACACAUAAACUAUACUUGAAAAUUAUUAUAUUUUCUCAACCCUUUUUAUUAAUUCCAAAAAUCAAAUUAAAUUAGCCAUUUAAGAAAAAAAAAUAUAUAGAGAGAAAAAAAAAAACAAUAUUAUAUGGCGAACAGUUCGUCAGUGAGGCUCAAGUAUGUGAAGCUAGGUUACACUUACCUAGUGAACCAUUUCCUUGGCCUUAUCCUUAUACCCAUUAUGGCCGGUAUAGCUGUCGAAAUCCUUCGGGCCGGACCCGAACAGAUUAUUUCUCUUUUCAAAUCUCUCCAAUUAGACAUUAUUCAAGUCAUGUGUUCAACUUUUCUUAUUAUUAUUAUCCUUACGGUUUAUUAUAUGUCCAAACCACGACCUGUCUAUUUAGUGGACUACUCAAUGUUCAAACCCCCGUACAUUUUUAGGGUCCCAUUUGCUACCUUCAUGGAGCAUAAUAAGCUCAACUUGAAGGACGACCAAAAGGCCGUCGAUUUUCAAACCCGGAUCUUGGAGCGAUCCGGGUUAGGUGAAGAGACGUGUUUGCCCCCGGCUAUUCAUUAUAUUAACCCUAAACCUACUAUGGAGGCUGCCAGAGGCGAAGCUGAGUUGGUUAUUUUUUCUGCUGUCGACGAUUUAUUAAAAAAGACCGGGGUUAAGGCUAGAGAUAUCGAUAUUUUGAUCGUAAAUUGUAGUUUAUUUUCUCCAACUCCGUCGUUGUCCGCCAUGGUGGUGAAUAAAUACAAGCUUAGGAGUAACAUUAAGAGCUUCAAUUUAUCAGGCAUGGGUUGUAGUUGCAGUCCUAUAUCCGUUGACUUAGCACGAGAUCUGUUGCAGGUUCAUCCUAACUCAUAUGCCAUGGUGAUUAGUACGGAGAUCAUAACUCCGAACUACUACCAAGGGAAGGAGCGAGCAAUGCUCCUUCCCAAUUGCCUUUUCCGCAUGGGAUGUGCUGCCAUCCUAUUAUCCAACAAGCGGAAGGAAAAGAAAAGGUCUAAGUACCAACUUCUUCAUGUCGUCCGCACCCAUAAGGGAGCGGACGACAAGGCCUACAAGUGUGUCUACCAAGAGGAAGACCGCGAAGGCAAAGUUGGGAUCUCCCUCCAAAAAGACCUCAUGGCAAUCGCCGGUGAGGCCUUAAAGUCCAACAUCACUACCAUGGGUCCUAUAGUCCUACCAACCUCGGAACAACUACUCUUCCUAUUUUCUCUCAUCGGAAGGAAGCUCUUCAACCCUAAAUGGAAACCCUACAUACCGGACUUUAAACAAGCUUUCGAGCAUUUUUGUAUCCAUGCUGGUGGUAGGGCUGUUAUCGACGAGCUUCAAAAGAGUCUCCAGCUCUCCGCUGAGCAUGUUGAGGCAUCUAGGAUGACCUUACAUAGGUUUGGAAAUACUUCUUCAUCCUCCCUUUGGUAUGAGCUUAGCUACAUUGAGGCCAAAGGGAGAAUGAAGAAGGGAGACCGUGUUUGGCAAAUAGCUUUUGGAAGCGGGUUUAAGUGUAACAGUGCAAUUUGGAAGUGUAUUCGUACAAUCAAAACACCCGCUAACGGCCCUUGGGACGAUUGCAUUGACCGAUACCCGGUCCAUAUACCCGAAAUUGUGAAGCUGUAGAUGAAGGCCUAGGCCAGGGUAUAUUAUCAAUUGAACAAAAAAUUUUAAACAUAAAUUGUUACGUUGUUUGUUAUUAUUUUUCUUGUCAUCAUAUAUUGUUUGAUUAACUAAAAUAUGGUUUACUCUUAUAUUAUAAGAUCAAGGGAAAAAAAUCCUUUGUGAUGAUUUUAUUUGUAGUUUAGUUGUCAUAAAGGUUUCGAAUAGAAAUCUAUCAUGUUAUGAUGAAAUAGGUAAAUGUUACCUUUAGCUUCUGCCCAUAUGUUGUACUAUAAUAUUUCACAAUGAAAAAAAACAAACACCGUUACACUAUUAUCAUAUCA